AUAUCUGUUAAGAAGAGUGAAUGAGGUGCAGACGACGAAUGUAAUGCUUGCGUUCUGGAAUCUUUUUAAAAAUAAUUUUAGAACAUUUGCUGGACUGAAAAUCAGAGUUGCAUUGGCAGCAAGUAUUGCAGUAAGAAGUCACUUACUUAAGAUAGACGCUUCAAGCAUCGCUUGGAAACCUUCGGAGCCACGGCGACAGGCUGCCAAUUGCUUGUAUUCUCUGUUCUGUGGGCGACUGCUGCUGACAAAUCAGAGGUCGUAGCCUCUCUUCGCCUCAACAACCCACAAGUGACGGAGAAGAAAGACACCGUGGAUCGAACCGCAGGGACACGACGACAGAGCAGUGUGACAUCCUGCAAACGUAGACUCAGGACUUUAUUUCUUUGAAAAGGCUGCCUUCCUGCAUUGAUCCUGACCCUGUGAUAUAUUUACUUUGUUUAUCUGGGAAUGACCAUUUUGGAGGUGUCAAACCAACCCUCUAGAUAACUGGAUGCUCCGUGCUUGGUCACGACAGCCUUUUUCAAUGGCGUGCAGUCUAAAGGAUGAGUUGCUUUGCUCCAUCUGUCUGAGCAUUUAUCAGGACCCGGUGAGUUUUGGCUGCGAGCACUAUUUCUGCCGAAAGUGUAUCACGGAGCACUGGAGCAGGCAAGAGCCCCAUGGGGCACGAGACUGCCCCGAAUGCCGCAGGACUUUUGCUGACCCGCUACUCUCGCCAAGUCUCAAACUGUCAAACAUUGUUGAACGAUAUUCUGCCUUCCCGCUGGAUGCCAUUCUUAAUGCUCAGAGGACCACAUACCCUUGCAAGGACCAUGAGAAGGUGAAGCUCUUCUGCCUGAGUGAUAAGAGUUUAGUCUGCUUUUUCUGUGAUGAGCCCGCCCUGCAUGAACAGCAUCAGGUGACCAGCAUUGACGAGGCCUUCGACGAGAUUCAGAGGGAGAUGAAGGAACAGCUCGUUGCCCUGCAGGACAGUGAGGUGGGCCACACUGAAGCAUUGCAGCUGCUGCAAAGACAACUAACAGAAACAAAGUCCUCCGCCAAGAGCCUACGAGCAACCAUCGCUGAAGCCUUUGAACGUCUGCACCGUUUCCUGAGGGAACGCCAGAAGCAGAUGCUGGAAGAACUAGAGACCGACACGGCUCGGACGCUGAAUGAUAUAGAGCAGAAAAUCCAGCGCUAUAGCCAGCAGCUACGGGAUGUACAGGAGGGCAUUCAGAUUCUCCAAGAGAAACUGGGAGAAACUGACAAACAUGGCUUCCUUGAAGGUGUAGCCUUGACAUCCAAAAGGGUAAAAGGCAAAAUCCAUGAAACAAAUCUCACCUAUGAAGACUUCCCCACACCCAAGUACAUGGGCCCCCUGCAGUACACGAUCUGGAAGUCCCUGUACCAGGACAUCUCUCCAGUGCCUGCUGCGCUGACUCUGGAUCCCAUCACUGCCCACCAGAGGCUGAUAUUGUCUGAUGACUGUACCAUUGUGGCAUAUGGUAACCUGCACCCACAACCCCUCCAGGACUCUCCUCGCCGAUUUGAUGUUGAGGUGUCUGUCCUCGGCUCUGAAGGCUUCUCAGGGGGCAUCCAUUACUGGGAGGUGAUGGUAUCUGAGAAGACUCAGUGGAUGAUUGGUGUAGCUCAUGAAGCGGUGAGCCGGAAGGGCAGCAUCCAGAUACAGCCGAGUAGAGGCUUCUUCUGCAUUGUGAUGCAUGAUGGAAACCAGUACAGUGCCUGCACUGAGCCCUGGACCCGGCUAAAUGUGAAAAGCAAACUGGAGAAGGUGGGCGUCUUCUUGGACCAUGCCAAGGGCCUACUUAUCUUUUACAAUGCUGAUGACAUGUCCUGGUUGUACACUUUCCGGGAGAAAUUCCCUGGCAAGCUCUACCCAUACUUCAGCCCUGGGCAGAGUCAUGCCAACGGAAAGAAUGUUCAGCCGUUACGGAUUAACACAGUUCGACUUUAAAGAGAGUGCUGCUGGAGUCUUGGGGAUCCUGGGUUGUGGUUUUCUCUCUUGCUGCUGGGAAGGGUUUCUAGUCAUAUCUAAAUAUAAAUAUCUAUAUGUAUUUGUGUGUGUGUGUGUGUGUGUGUGUGUGUGUGUUUAGAAUUCAGGUUUAAAAGCAUGGACCUGUUUAAUUCUACUUGACCAGAUGGACUUGCUGAAUGGGGUGAUAGUGAGCAGAAACAAUGACAACAACUCUUCCUCUACUUGUGUGGUUCUACAAGCAGCAUCUUCCAGCUUUUCUUCUCAAGGAUGUCACAGGGCCACACACUUCAUGCAUUAAUCCCACAAAACACAUGUGCCUUCCUCCCGCAUGCUCUUCCGUGGGUCCGUGUCGAAUACAGCUGGAGGGCUGCUUGUCUGCGUUCUUACCACCUUCACUCCCAUCUCUUGCUCUUUGCACUCUGAGGUACCAUCUCGUUGCUUUGUACCUAUUUUGUUGCCGCGGUCUCCUCAGGCUCCGAACCAUUAAUUUGACUGCUGAACCCUUCGACCCUUUUUUCAAAAGAAGGUCCCAAAUUUUCCCAGAACACAAUGCUACUUGGUCUCUGCUUCACCACCAACUGUUGGUCUGGGUUGAUUUUCUUUUCUAAUAUAUCUGAUGGUGUUGCUGCUUUUUAUUGUGUCUGACUGGGGGAGUGGGGUGGUCCUGCUCGGCUGCUGAUUAGACCACGGCGUAGUCUUAAUACUGAUCUGAGUAGCACUUGAAGUGGUCAAGCGGGUCGAGCUGGAGAUGACAUACCCUCCUAUUCUCUUCUUGCACAACAUGACAGCUAAGACAAAAAAAAAUAUUUUCAUGGCAAAUAAAAGAAAUUAAAACAGGA